UUUUUUGUUUCUGGGUCCUUUUUUGUCGUACGAAUAGACCCCGACCUGGAAGACCGCGUCCUCAUCAAACAAAUCACUCACGCUCGAUCCCACGACCUUGGAUGCCUUUGACAAAACAACCGCACAUCUCCUCGAAGCCCUGACCGAUUUCGAAACCAUGUUUGCUCGAGACCUCUCGCCCCAUCUCAUAGAAUACCAGCGUCGUCAUCGUCUCCAUUCUGGGGCCCUACACGAACAGGAUACCAUCCCAGGCCUCGGUGAAGAGGCACGCUCACUAGUCUCGACACAAGACUCCCUCCUCCAGAUGUUGAACAGCCUCCAGACCCUGAAACGCUCCUUCAUGGCCUUAACCGAUCCAUCUUUACCGUCGGGACUCCACCAGACCCUUGCCCACGCAAGAAAGGAUUUGCUCCGCACCUCGUCGGAUGAACCAGACAUCCAGACCAUGCUCGACAGACUAUCGGCCAUGUCCAUGACUCUCGAACGCACUCUUCAGCGCAUACGGGGGACCUGAUGUCGAACCACUAACAAAAAAAACCCCCACUUCGCAGGACAUAAAUAUAAUGGGUUAUUUACA